GUUGAGCGCAUGCGCUGUUCAACGCGUUUAUCGUUUACUGCGAAAAGUGUUAUGAAAUGUGUUUUGAGAUUAAAUUGUGAUUUAAUUUUUGGUAUUUAAAUAAACCACUCAUUCAUUGCCUGACUAUUAAAAGGCAUUCAAUAAUUCAUUCACUUAUUUAUCAAUUGUUUGUGUUUUUAUUGUGAAUUCAUUUCCGAUUGUAAUCUCAUUGCGAAAGUGAGAAAUGGUUUACUAUUUUCUGAACCGUGUUUUGCCAGCAAUUAAGUGUACCAAAUCCUCACUCAAUGUCUUGAGCCCAUCGGUGUCUUUACCGCAAGCGUCCGGAUGUCUGCACGCAUUCACCCGAAGACACUAUUCAUCCGAUAAUGCCGAAGCAGAUCUGGUGGUGAUCGGCGCCGGACCCGGAGGUUACGUAGCGGCCAUCAAAGCCUCUCAAUUGGGAAUGAAGACGGUGUGUGUGGAGAAGGGCGAGACACUGGGCGGCACGUGUCUGAACGUCGGGUGCAUACCAUCGAAAGCGUUGUUACAUAACUCACAUCUCUAUCAUAUGGCCCACAGUAAUGAUCUGAAGAGCCGAGGCAUUGAAUUUGAUAAUCUUCGGCUCAAUUUGGAUACUCUUAUGGAACAAAAGCGAACGGCGGUUAAAGCACUGACCGGUGGUAUCGCACAGUUGUUUAAGAAAAAUAAAAUAACGCAUAUUAGAGGCCACGCGAAGAUCACGGGACCCAAUGAAGUGACUGCUAUUAAAGAGGAUAACUCGACAGAAGUGGUUAAGGCAAAGAAUAUAUUAAUAGCUACCGGUUCUGAAGUGACACCAUUUGCCGGCAUUGAAAUUGACGAGAAAACAAUAGUGUCGUCAACGGGUGUCCUAUCAUUAGAUAAAGUACCGCAAAGAAUGGUAGUCAUUGGCGCCGGUGUUAUCGGACUCGAGUUGGGCUCUGUUUGGUCGCGAUUGGGCUCUGAAGUGACUGCCGUUGAGUUCUUAGGACAUAUCGGAGGGCUUGGAAUUGAUGCCGAAAUCUCGAAGAGUUUCCAGAAAAUUCUUACAAAACAAGGAUUAAAAUUCAAAUUGAAUACUAAAGUGACGGCAGCCGUGAAACAGGGCGGCAGUGUUCAGGUGUCGAUCGAGUCGGCCAAAGGUGGCGGACAGGAGACUCUGGAAUGCGAUGUACUGUUGGUAUGUGUGGGUCGGCGUCCAUACACUGAAAAUCUUGGUUUAGAAGAACUCGGUAUUCAAAAAGAUGAGAGGAAUAGGAUUAAGACUAACUCUAGAUUUCAGACCAAUGUUCCCAAUAUAUUUGCAAUCGGAGACUGUAUUCCGGGCCCGAUGUUAGCCCAUAAGGCUGAGGACGAGGGUAUUAUAUGCGUGGAAGGAAUCGCUGGCGGACCCGUGCAUAUCGACUAUAACUGUGUGCCAUCUGUCAUAUACACUCAUCCAGAGGUCGCAUGGGUUGGCAAGUCUGAAGAGGACCUCAAGGCUCAGAACGUUGAAUACAAAAUCGGGAAAUUCCCGCUAAUGGCCAACAGUCGGGCCAAGACUAACAAUGAGACGGAAGGACUAGUGAAGAUCAUCGCCGAUAAGAAGACGGAUCGGAUACUAGGCGUUCACAUGAUUGCCGGAGUUGCGGGCGAACUGAUCAAUGAGGCGACGCUGGCCAUGGAGUACGGGGCCUCUUGCGAGGACGUGGCCCGUGUCUGUCACGCGCAUCCCACCGUUUCCGAGGCGUUUAGAGAAGCGAAUCUGUCGGCCUUCUUCGGCAAAGCCAUCAAUUUUUGAAUAUAGUGUUGAAUAUUAAUGUUAUGAAUAAUUAUUAAUUAAUAAAUAACUCAAUCAAUUGUUAUCUAGUUUUUAGUAUAUUUUUAGGCAAUGAUUAAAAUAAUUUUUUUGUCUGUUUUGAAA